AUGAUCAAACAAAUACGUCGUCAAACUUUCUCGCAUUGGCAACAUCGCCGUUCACCAUUUCAAACACAAAUGAUCAAAGCUGGUUUUUUCUAUUGUAACGUUGGCGAUCGAGUGAUCUGUAUCUAUUGUAACCUCAUUUGUCAAGAGUGGACACCACAUACAGACGAUCCAUGUGAAGUACAUAAAACACUAUCGCCUAAAUGUCCGUUUGUAGUAAAUAUGUUAGUAUGCCGCGAAGUUACGCCUCGUUUGAUCAUUAAUCAGAGCACGGAAACUAAUGGAACCCAAGUACUUGCUACUGCCAAUGUUUUUCAUUCGCAUGAAAUUGUCCUUGCCGCCGCUUGCAAUCCAUCUUAUAUGGAAAUUCCAAAACGCCAUCAAUCAUUCACUUCAUGGCCGAGCGAACCACUGCCAUCUGUUGAUGAUCUCGUUCGCGCAGGAUUCUUUUACACUGGUAUUAAAACGAUAGUUACAUGUUUCUACUGCAAUGGCUCAUUACAGAAUUGGGGUACGAACGAUAACCCUACAGUAGAACAUGCUCGAUGGUUUCCACAAUGUGCAUAUGCAAAACAGCUCUGUGGAGAUGAGCUAUAUCGAAAAAUCCAGGAAUCGAAACGAGUUGCACAAGAACGUGCCAGAGCUAACGAGCCAACCAACAAUAUUACUAGUAAUACUCAGAAAUUGACGAUAUCGGAUGAACGUACAUUGUCGCGGUUGGUGGCUGCCCGCCUGGACUUGCCUAUAUCACAAAAAUUACUUGACCAGCAUUUCAAAUUAUCAGUCAUUAAACGUUGUUGGGAGGACCAACUUCGUUUAAAAUUGGAUGAUUUCGUUACUGACUGCGAUCUAGUGAUGGCUUGUAUUAUUCUACAGAGACAAAUCGAUUGUAUUAAUGGCAAGAAAGAAAAUAUUAUAGUUCCCAGUGUUAAAAUGCGACAAAUGCGCGAUCCACCCCAAUCAGAUACUGUGGCUGCACAAUCGCCAACAUUGUCUCCUGCAACACUGGCCUCGGCAGGUUCAUCGAACAGUUCUGAUGUUGAAAUAAUCACUUCAUCUGGUUCCUCUACUACAGAGUCAAGCUCAAGAACAUCAGUAGAUCGAGCUACUGCGAAGACAAAAAUAUCUAAUACAACUUCUAUGAGUACCAAUUCUCAGCUUAUGCAAACGGCAAAUUCAGACUUAAUGAAUCCAUGUGCACUGUUUAUAAUAUUAUUUUGUGCAACAUUUGAUAGAUAUGAUCGAUUAUUUUAUUAUGAUUAG